AUGUCACUCAACAUUACUGAGAACGACCUUCAACACGCCACGAAAGCGUCAAAUGAUGAAAAGGCAGGAGUUGACAAUGAGUCGCACUCAUCCUAUGGAGCAGAUUUAGACGAUGAGCUCUAUCAACUUUACUGCGAUUCGUCGAGACAUCUUGGUUGGCCAACGAAACUAAUGGUUCAGUUCAGUCAAACGUGCGCAGUAGUGGUCAACAAAGAGCUCCUUUCUGAUGUGAUCAAAUGCUCACGCAGUCUGUUAUGUGAAACAGUACAUGGAUUCCCACUGACUCAAUAUGCUGUAAAUGGAAGUUAUGCACGAAGUGAGGAACCGCUGGAAUAUGAAGAAUUUGAAGGCACCAAAGAACAGCAGAAGACCAUAGAAACUCCUGAAACUGAAACUGGCCGGCGGGACGAUACUGAAGCUGACAACCAGGCGGGUGCUGCUGAAGAAGAUGAGGACGACGUUGAGGGAAAGAUAGAACUAAAGCAGACUACGGCACAAGAGGGAGCAAAUGUCGGAAGUCGCCCACCAUCCGAGGGAGGGAGAGGUAGUAAGGCUAGCGACAGCGGCGAUCCUAUCGCUGAAACAAUGGAGCAAGAUGGAACAGGAACAGAAGGAGGAGAACUGCGGAAAAGUCGAGCACAGCAGUGCCGCUCGAACCAUUAUCAGAGACUGGAUGCUGCCGACGCUAAUGCAGAGGAAGACGGAAAGAAUAGCGGUGAAGGUACACCCUUAGCGGGCUCUCCGACAGCAGAGGAAGUUGAACAGAACGAGGGCGAGGAUCGAACACAUCUUACGGAUGAGGGAGCUGACCAGAAUCCCGAUGAAGCAGAAAUUAAGGUUGAGGAAAAUGGCCCUUCAUCUCCAGUAGCUGAUCAGGAUGUCGGUGAAGAAGAGGAGAACAAUGGCGAACAGAACUUCUCCGAGGGAAGAACGCCAGACAAAGAAAACGUUGAGAUCCCGGAAGAAGGCGACGAGAAGGGAGGCGAAGAGUCCCCUUUGCCGAGCUCUCGGGCAGUCAAUGAAGCUGAUCAGAAUCCGGAUGACGUUGAGGCAGAGAAUGGUGAAGAGACUCCCUCCCAAGGCAAAGCUGAUGAAGUUGGAGAUCUCCCUCAACGAAGUGAAUCAGCAGCCACAGCAGGUUCCGUUCAGUCUGUGUCAAGAACUAGUAUUCCAGGAGCUCUUCCAGAGGUACGUUUGAGGCUCCCUAGAACAUCAUGGAAGAAACACGAAUAUUAUGGAUUAUGA